ACACAUCAUCAAAGUGAACAUAUCAAUCUUCCUUUAGAAAUUUCUUUAUAUAUUUCUGAUUAUAUUUUAACUCAAAUGCGGUGCGAAAGAAUUAAUGUUCCAUUAGCCAAUUAUUUGUUAAAUAAUGUUGAUGUUUUGAUAGAUUGCUUGUCGUCUCUUGAAAGGAUUACGAGUACACCGAUUCCUUUAGCAUAUCAUAUUCAUUUAUUACAAACUGUAUGGAUUUAUUGUCUCAGCUUACCUUUCCAAUUGGUUGAAUCCGUCGGUUGGUCGACUAUUGAAGAAAUUGACCAAAUCAUAUUUGUUGAUAAACCACCAGAUAUUAAUUAUUGGGAGUUCAGUGCAGAAUACCAGAAAAACCGUCUAGAAAUAUACUUGAAAAAACAAUAA